UAGCACUACGUCAUAGUUAAUCAAGGCUUUCUCACUGCAACCACCAACUUCAAACAAUGAUUCCUCGCAACUUACUGAUUAGCUCUCGCUCCAGCUCUGCUGCUAUUGCGCUGUUUCACACUUCUGCUCGACGAGCCGCCGCGCAGCCUAAGCAUACUAGCGAAACUUACAACAAGGACGACUCGGACAUGUCUCCGCCACCUGAUUCGAAAAUCCAUCGUGUCGAUCCAAAUUCCGAUUCUCAGAAACCGCAUGAGGCUCCUUCAGGUCCUUAUAGUCGAGUAGGAGCGGAGUCCGCAGAGUACAAGAAUACGAAUUCGGAGUAUAAUGGAGAUCAUGAUACUCGUUAUGGUGGAAAGAAACAGUAUGAUGAAGAUAAGGGCCCUGAGACAAGCAAAGCUGAUGAGGGACCAGCUGGAAAAUCCUCUCAAGGCAGGAAGCCUGAAGGGAGAUGAAGUGUACAUGGAGAAAUGGGCUCAUAUGCUCCCAAAUCAACCGACAAAGUGAAUUAAAAUAAAUAUUCCUACGUUUGUAUCAUGAUACUAGUGCCUCUUACUCCUCUGAUUCUCAUGGGUGACAUAUUCAAAUUGACCUUGUUCGUUUUU